GAAAGAGGCACAAAGGCGGAAGAGAACAGUUUGAACUAGCACAAAACAAAUGGGGGAAGAGAGCUAAUGGAAAACUCGGAGGCUAAUCCAUAUGUAUAAGGAGAGAGAGUAGAAAAAGUUAUAUAUAGUUGGCAUAACAAAGGAUCAAGGAAGCCAUGAAUUGACUCAUCCUGGAGGUGACUGUGGUGCUACCAUCCCAUUUCCCAAUCUGCUUCCCACUUCUGCAGUUCAAGAAAGCAUCCUUAAUCAGCAAAGCACUUAAGCACUGAAGUCAAUGGGUCUUAAGCAGGCAGUCAAAUGAUAUCCUGAAUGGAGGCCUGUAAGAGCUAUGAAGCACAGAUCCAGAAUUCAGCUCCAGAGUUGUGAGCUGGGCCCGCUAGGGAGCGAUGACAUUCAGGUCUAGAUCUGGCUCUGGAAUUCAGAUCUGGAGUGGCAUCCCAUCCUCUUCCAACCUCCUAUUGCUAAGAAUGAUCAAACCCAAAUCCAGAACACGGAUCUGGAGUUUGGGGGGGUUGGGCAUCUCUCUGCCUAUGUUUUCCAUCAGAGUCUCCUCCACUGGCUGCAGCCCUGAUGAGUGACUCAUUACCAGUUUAAGAAAUUUGACACUGCAGAUAUGACCCUGUGACAGCAGCUGUCUCAGAAUGGGAACACCCACAUCCCACUCCAUGCCAAGUAUUCAUUAAAGUGAAAUCAGUUCCUGCUCUCAGGGAAAAGAGCCAUGGCUGCUGUCUUCCUCCCCGGGAACCUGCAAGACGAGGCAACUUGUUCAGUCUGCCUGGAGUUCUUCAAAGACCCCGUGUCCAUAGAGUGCGGCCACAACUUCUGCCGAGCCUGCAUCACCAAGAGCUGGAGAGGCCUGGAGAUGGAUUUCCCCUGCCCUCAGUGCCGGGAGAUCUUCCAGCAGAAGAACUUCAGGCCCAACAGGCAGCUAGCCAACAUGUGCGAGAUCAUCAGCCAGUUUGCAGUACCUGGGGCGAAAGGGGCUCUGGAGGAGGGACUCUGUGAGAAACACAGGGAAGCGUUCAAACUCUUCUGCAGGGAUGAUCAGAAGUCGAUCUGCGUGGUGUGUGACAGAUCCCGGGAGCACCGGCCUCACACUGUGGUGCCCGUAGAGGAGGCUGCCCAGGAGUACAAGGAACAAAUUCAGAGCCGGUUGGAUUUCCUGAAAAAAGAGAGACAAGAAUUGCUGGAAUUUAAAUCAAAGGAUGAUAAGAAAAGCCAAGAGCUACUGAAAACUAUAGAGUUGGAGCGGCAGAUGCUCAUCUCUGAAUUCGAGGGUCUACGCCAGUUUCUGCAUGACCAGGAACAUCUCCUUCUGGGCCAGCUAGAGAAGAUGGAGAAGGGAAUCGCCAAGAAGCAGAAUGAAAACCUCACCGAGCUCUCUAAAGAGAUUUCACUCCUCAACCAACUGAUAACAGACUUGAAAGAGAAAAUCCAACAACCAGUGCUUGAGUUGCUCAAGGAUGUGACGAGCAUCUUGAACAGAAGCAAGGGUCUGAAGUUUCAGAAGCCGGUUCCUGUCUCUUCUGAUAUGAAAAGCUCUAUCAGCAAUUUCUCUCUCAAGACUGUUGUCCUCAAGGCAGUGUUAAAGAAAUUCAAAGAGACUCUGCAGGAUGAACUGGGAAAAGGUGAAAAAGAGGACCUGACUCUGGAUCCGGAUACAGCCAACCAGCUGCUCAUCUUAUCCACAGAUCUCAAGAGUGUGAGGAUGGGAUGCCGAAAACAGGAGCUGCCUGAUAACCCCAAGCGAUUCGACACUAACUCCCGGGUGCUGGCUUUGGAAGGAUUCAAGUCGGGGAGGCAUUACUGGGAGGUGGAAGUGGGGGCCUCAGAUGGCUGGGCUUUUGGUGUGGCCAGGGAGUCGGUGAGGAGGAAAGGUCUGACUCAGUUUUCCCCCGAGGAGGGGAUCUGGGCAGUGCAACAAAACGGAGGGCGCUACUGGGCUGUCACCUCCCCUCAACGCACCCCGCUUUGCAUCGGUGAGAGGCUCAGUAAGGUCCGGGUUUACCUAGACUACGAAGGGGAAGAGGUGUCAUUCUACAACGCUGAGAACAUGCAGCACAUGUUUACUUUUAAUGUUGCCUUUAAUGAGAGGGUGUUCCCCCUCUUUUCCGUCUGCUCCACAAUCACCUACAUUAAACUGUGUCCCUGAAACUUGCAAAACAAUUCACUUAAGACUUGCCCGGGUGCCCCUCACAGAAAAAGCAGCCAGAAACCGUGAAGAUGAGCAUGGCAUUAAUGCAAUAGCUAGGUUGUUAGCUAGCUAGCCUAGGCAGUUGCUUGUGUUUUCAUGAUCAGGUCAUCUAGCCCUGACCAGAACAGGUCCAGACCACAUGGCAGUUGGUCCAUAUUUGUGAUCCAUGAGGUUGGGCCGAAAGCUCCUUAAAAUCAAUAAACAGACUCCAGUUGACUUAAGUGGGCUUUGGACUUAAGAGGGCAGGUGCAAUGAGGGGAGAUUUUCAGAAAACUGCCAGUGUAGACAAAGAUUGUCAGCAGGGCAAAAGCAAUAUGACCAGGUCUAAGGACUUGUAAAUUACCACAUUUAAGCCAAACUAAUAUAAAUAAGAACUACUCUGAUUUAAAUGCAUCUACAUUGGGGUUUUGUUUUAGUCUAACAAGAUCAAUUUUAAAUCCAUAUAGUUAAACUAUUGCAACUUUUCUAAUAAAAGCCAGGGUCUAACGCUACUAGAAACAGCUGACCCUUGUCCAAACUACAGCUUCCAUCACUGGAGCAGCACCAGUCCAGCAAUUGCUUAACAGUUACCCUAUAGUAGUGGAGGCCUUAGUGAGAGCCUCUGAUUGUUCUCUUUAUUUGAAGGCUAGAUGCUAGUCCUAUUUGUGUGACCCAUGCACCUCUUCUGUAUCUCUUGAUGUAUAAGUUGUUUGAAAGUCAAUGGCAAAUAAUUCUUUGCAUGAUGGGGCUUGGAAACUCACUGAUUGUCAAAAGGCCUUGUAGUAGAAAUAAAAUCUGAAGGCACUCUA